AAAGAGCCGAACAGGGCAGAGAUGGAACAGAAGGAGGGAAGAGCGAGAGAAGAAAAGAGCCGAACAGGGCAGAGAUGGAACAGAAGGAGGGAAGAGCGAGAGAAGAAAAGAGCCGAACAGCGCAGAGAUGGAACAGAAGGAGGGAAGAGCGAGAGAAGAAACGAGCCGAACAGCGCAGAGACGGAACAGCAGGAGGGAAGAGCGAGAGAAGAAACGAGCUGAACAGCGCAGAGACGGAACAGCAGGAGGGAAGAGCGAGAGAAGAAACGAGCUGAACAGCGCAGAGACGGAACAGCAGGAGGGAAGAGCGAGAGAAGAAAAGAGCCGAACAGCGCAGAGACGGAACAGCAGGAGGGAAGAGCGAGAGAAGAAACGACCUGAACAGCGCAGAGACAGAACAGCAGGAGGGAAGAGCAACAGAAGAAAAGAGCCGAACAGCACAGAGACGGAACAGAAGGAGCGAAGAGAGAGAGAAAAAACGAGCCGAACAGAGCGGUCGACGGAACAACAGAAGGGAAGCGCGAGACGGACCAGCAGGAGGGAACAGCGAGAGAAGAAACGAACUGAACAGCGCAGAGACGGAACAGCAGGAGGGAAGAGCGAGAGGAGAAACGAGCCGAACAGCGCAGAGACGGAACAGCAGGAGGGAAGAGCGAGAGAAGAAAAGAGCCGAACAGCGCAGAGACGGAACAGCAGAAGGGAAAAGCGAGAGAAGAAACAAGCCAAACAGCGGAGACAGAACAGCAGGAGGGAAGAGCGAAAGAAGAAACGAACUGAACAGCGCAGAGACAGAACAGCAGGAGGGAAGAGCAAGACAGAACAGCAGGAGGGAAGAGCGAGAGAAGAAACGAACUGAACAGCGCAGAGACGGAACAGCAGGAGGGAGGAGCGAGAGAAGAAACGAACCGAACAGCGCAGAGACAGAACAGCAGGAGGGAAGAGCGACAGAAGAAACAAGCCGAACAGCGCAGAGACGGAACAGCAGGAAGGAGGAA